AGCACAGAGUUGCAGGCUCACACCUCAUGCGUGCCAGAGCAUAGCUGCUUUCCAAAGCAGAGCCAGGCCGCCUUCCCACCCCCUGCAGAGCAGCCACCCACGGAGGGUGAUCAUCUCAUUUGCUUCAAAGUCUGCUGGUGGUUCCUGCUGCCUCACAACUAGCCCAACCCCUUUCUUUUUAAUACCCUUUCCCAGCACCCUCAGCUCUCAAUCUAAAACGUACUGAGAACUUAGGCAGUGGCUGCUCAUUAACUAUGAAGUCUAAGUGCAACGCUCCUCAGAACCCUACUUGUACCAUAAUGGUAUUUCGUCCAACCAAAGAAGAAUUUAACGAUUUCGACAAAUAUAUUGCCCACAUGGAAUCCCACGGUGCACAUCGAGCAGGCGUGGCUAAGAUCAUUCCUCCCAAGGAAUGGAGCGCCAGACAGAACUACGAGGACAUCAGCGACAUCCUGAUACACUUCGGGGAGCCCAAAACGUGGUACGCGGUGCCCCCGGAGCACGGAGGCCGCCUGGAGCGCCUGGCCAGGCAGCUUUUCCCGGGCAGUUCGCGGAGCUGUGCGGCCUUCCUUCGGCACAAGGUGGCACUCAUUUCGCCCACCGUGCUCAGGGAGAAUGGCAUCCCUUUUGGGCGGGUCACCCAGGAGCCUGGGGAGUUCAUGGUGACUUUCCCCUAUGGCUACCAUGCGGGCUUCAACCACGGCUUCAACUGCGCCGAGGCCAUCAACUUCGCCACCCCGCGCUGGGUGGAUUACGGCAAAGCGGCCUCGCAGUGCAGCUGUGGGGAGGCCAGGGUCUCGUUUUCCAUGGACGUCUUUGUGCGCAUCCUGCAACCCGAGCGCUACGAGCUGUGGAAGCAGGGCCGGGACCGGGCCGUCGUGGACCACGCCAAGCCUAUGGCGCCCAGCAGCCCGGGGCUGCGAGCCUGGAAGGAGGUCCGUUCCCCUGGUCGAGCCAAGCUGGGCCUGCGGCUCCUCCGGCCUUGCAGGGUGCCGCGCUGCCCUCGCACUCUGGCUGUGGGCAGGGGUCCCAGCCGUCGAGCCUUCGCGCGCUCUACGCCUGUGGCAGCAGCUACCUCUCAAAGUUCCUUUAAGAAGGAGCCAGGUCUUACCCUGCCAUCGACCCCGGAUCCAUCUACCCAUCAUCUCAGGUCUUCACAGGUCAGAAGGGGUCGGGGUCGUCCUCGGAAAUCUGAGGUCAAGGAGCCGACGCUUCAAGCCUCUGCUAAGAGGCGCCUUUCGGUGGGCAGAGCAUGCACAGCACCGGUGCCCAAGGCUAAGCCUCUAUGUGGGGGUGUACCUCUGAUGGACAGCCCCGCACAGCUGAGACCCGGACCUCUGCAUCCUGCUAAAGCUUCUGGGUGCUACGCCCCUCUCCGUUAGCUGCAGGGCAUGCCUUUGUACCCUGCUGCUCUUCUAGGGUGGUCCCUUGCUGAGACGUUGACAUCUCAGAACUUUGGGACACUAAAUUUGCAGGACACUGGUUGUACAUGACAGAGCCCUGCGGGGGAUGCCCCUGGACCGUGCUGGGUCUGUGGGAUUUUCCAGGUCAGGUCCUUCAUACUCUGUUCUCCCUUCUCCACCCUGAAUUUCUGUGGAUACUGCCAACCUGCACCAUCAACGGAUGUUACAUACACCGAACACUUGUGCCCCUGUUAACUGCGUACCAUUGAGGCUGCUGGAACUUGAACCUUAAGGCCAACUCUAGACUCUGCUGCACUUCUGAAUCCUGGGCUUGGGUUCACCUGUUAGACUUCUUUCUUCUCUUCCUGACCCUCUCCUUUUCCUGGCAGAAACCAGUCCCUUCCCAAUUCUGUCAACCAGCUCCAGAGCCUCAGAGCCAUGUUAUGACCUUACUACGUUAUUGAUGCAUUUAAUGUCAUCUCCAGUGUUUGUUCACACAUCUAUUAAA